ACGAAAUCGGAGCCGAGCCAACACUGGCGUCUUGAAUUGAUGGUGUACUGUAGCCGUAUCGUACUCCCAACACAGCUCUCACUCUCAGUCGCGAAACAAGUUGUUCGUGAGAUUGAUUUGGCCCUCCACCUUGUAACUGUCCCUACCCGACGUUCCAUCCAGGAUCGGCAGGAAGCCCAGUUAUCGGCUAUGAUCAGUCACUAGCGGGCGGGAGAGAAAGCUAGUUGAGUAGCAGUGAGGGCGUCUGCUGAGUGCCACCGGCUGUCAUUGUCUCCGCAAUGAUGACUCCGAAACAUUUGCCACGGUACCUUGCGACUAUCACUGUGCUGCUGGCUGCUUUCGGCUUUGUCGGAGGACGGGCUUCUGACGAAUGGCGCAAGCCUAGCACUGGAGGACCACCCCGGGCUGAGCGGGUGGUCGUUGGCGGUACUGGUGGCGGUGAUGUCGCCCAUGGUGCGACGUGGCGUCCUCAGGCUCAGCGCAAGGUUAUAGCAACUCCAUCAUCACGCCCGCAAAGUGAUGGUGACAAUUAUCAAGAUGGCCUAUCGACUGGUGUUCCCUGCUCUUCUUCUCAAGUUGCACUAUUUGUAUCCACCACACUUGAUGCAUCUGCUCUCAAGGAUAUCCUCACCAACAUCGGCACGAAGUUGACACAAUGCUAUAGAAAAACGCAGCAAGCAAUAACUCGAGAUCUGGCGUGGAAUGUGACGAAUCAACUGUUCAGGCGGAAUGCGUCAUCAUACUCUUACACGACGGUGAAGUCCACUUCGCUUCAACCCAAUCUACCCAGUGCAAACAGCACAGACAUACCCGCGAACGGCCUGGUUUUGUCCUUUCAAACUUUCUCCUUGUCCAACCUGAAGGCACUGAAAAUGGAGUGCAGUGAGAUUGAUGAUGCUGAUCACAUUGUUAACGUUGCAUGUUCAUUAUCUGGUACCCAAAUAGAAAAGCAGCCGAUUCCCAGCGGCAAGCUUAUCUCACAGCUCCUGGGAAUACCUGACCUUCUGCAGUCAUUAUCGCAAAAGCAUGACUUCAAUGCCAACAACACCAAAUUCAAACUGUUGCCAGUCAAGGAGUUGUGUAACUCCUUCUACACACACUCCAGCCCACCUAUGCUUCACCCUGCCGGACAGCAGCCAUCGGGCUGGGAAAACACAUUUAACUUAUCAUUGGUGUGUCGCAAGUGCUUCCCACUGCCCAGCCCCGUUACCCCAUGGUUCAAACACUGGAGUCUACAGAAACUUCUUAUAGUCGCUUGCCCCUCUGUCUCCGUUGGAGUGGCCAUGACCGCACUCAUCAUACAAGUACUGAGAUGGAAGUGCUCCAAACAGCAUCCAUCUACCAAGCCCAAGACUGUGGUAGAGAGUGGCAGUGGAUAUGCCAGCGGGCUGGACUCGGACAACAGUGAUUCAGAAUCUGAGCGCCGGGUUGUGAAGCGAUCUCGGACUCCAAAGUCAAGGCAAUCCAAGAGGAAAGACCGCCGGCAACGGCAUCUCAGCCCGGUCAAUUCCGUGGCAGUAAUGUGUGACCGGAGGACCACUAACGACUCAGUUUCUGCACCACUCGUCAGUCAGACAGAUGUCGAGAGCAAUACAUGUAGUGAUAAUGAUUCCGGUGAAUGCGCUGGUACCAGUAAUCCUAGCCCUGUUGAUGAUGUUCUCCAGGCCGAGAGAGAUAUUGCCAGCUCAUUCGGCUCGGCUACGCUGGAUCAUGUCCCAGAUGAAGUCCCCGACAAAGUGCAGCGAGUUUGCCUACAUAUGGACUGGUUUCUGGAGGACCUUCUGCCGGAUAAAUUGAUCACUGGUGAACAAUAUAGUAGGAUUAUGGCCGAACGCCAUAUCCAAGGGGACAGGGCUGGCUUACACCUUAUGUCCGAGAUCAUCAAAUCCGACAGGAAGGCCAGGCAGCUCAUUCGGGUUGCUCGAGAACUAAAAGCAUACGACACCACCGAUCUCUCCGACAGUCAAUCCAUACCGCAGGUUGAACAGGUCACUUCCCCUGCUGUUGACCCGGAACUGAACCGUGCCAAGUCUCCCAGCAUAUUAGAGCGGCUUUCUACUCCAGAACCAAAGAGAACGACCGCCCAACACCGGGACCAGUGCACAGCCAAGCAAAUCUGCAUGAAGUUGGACUUUCACUUGGAAGCUCUAGUCAAUCUGAAAAUCAUCAGUGUCGAUCAGUUCGCCUGGAUAUUUGACCUUCGCAAGGCCCAGGGCUCUCGAGAAGCGAUGGAACGACUCUUCAAGGUUGUCAAGAAGAAUGAAAAACUUGACGAAUUAAUGAAGCUGCGAAAGAAUGGCGCAUUUCCGACGCCGGAGAGUACGCCCAUGAACAGCCCUGAUGCCGAAGUCAUGGCCAAUGGUGGCAGGCAUUCCAGCAAGUCGCCGGUCCUGAGGCAAGUCAGGAGCGCUCUCAAUCUGGUGCCACGGCCUUUGUCUCCGCUGGUCACCAACACCGACAAGAGCGUUGAUGGAUUGCCCACACAAAAAAUUCGCUCCCAGUCACAAUUGUAGCCUAGUGUAGUGGUGACAUGUAGAUCUACUACACACCUUGAGUAGUAUACUGUAGUUGAGUUGAAUCUUUUACACAACCUUGAUACAUCUGCCUAGAGUUUCUUUAGAUUAGAAUAUUUCGACUUUUCAUUUUGACUUCAUCGCCGAGUUUCAUCGCGUGUAUCUUUGGUGUUCUCCCUUCUUUCCAUGUCAUAUUGUUUGAGUAUUAUUGUAGUUCAUGCACACAUACAUUGCUAAAGGUGAGAAGACAGCAGAAUAGCGCCUUGAAGAUACAGCUCUUUAUUGUGCUUAUUUGACUACUGUCACACGUGUAUACUCGCUGUGAGAGAUGGCUUGCAUAUGUGCAUGCCUCCCUUUGUGUUUAAUACCGACCGUGUACAGUUACCAUGCCAUGACUGCGGCCGGUAUUUUAAAAUAAUAGAAUUAUACAUACAUCUCCCCUCUCAGACACACGCUCGAGGAUUGCCUCAACACUGCACAGGACAAAAAGCUAUGGCUGGACUUCAUUGACAAAUGUACAUCGGUGUAAAAAAAAAUGGCGUGUACUUGUCAUGUGCUAGAACCUGUCUUAUGUUUUUUUUCGUAUGCUAUUCUUCCUGCUGCAAUCUAUUUCAUGAUGAAACAGUUGACAGAUGCGUGGAACCCAUUAUUUGGGAGACAUGCGACCUGUACUACUAUUAUUAUACACUCGGUCUCUUGUUAUAAUCUAUACGUAUUGUACGCGUAUAUAUACAGCUGAGUAUCCACACGCUGCAGUUGGAUAUCCAUAGCCUGAUAUUGCACAACUCAGGAUAUCACCACAGUACUCAGAAUACAUGACAUCUCCGCCGUUUUUCCAAGUCACGAUUUGUUAAAAAACUUCGUUUUAGCGUUAGGCUUUUAUGUUGCUUUGCAAGUUGCCGUAUUGAAAGUCCUGAGAAUCACCAGUGGCCUGGUUGUUGCACAAUCAUGUACAUGUAGUGACAGUACGCAUAGUUAUAAUUAUUUUCUCCACUUUUUAAUAAUCUUUGGCUAUUUUCUUUUAAAAUGCACUGAUAAUACAGUCAUGUCUUAAGGUAUCUUGGCGCCGCAUGCGCCAGAGUCCUGAUAUCAUCCAAAGCUGAGUCAUGCUUUUACGCACCGGGCUUCCAGUUCCAUUUCCUGACUAGACUACAACUUUCUGAGGUUAUGCCGGGGUGACCCACAACCCAUACCGUGCAUGGCACUGUUGUAGCACUCUUUUCGCUCACCACAUCACGGCACACCAUGACUGGCUCCUGCAACUGUCGGCGCAAAUCCUCAAUCAUCGGUUUGGCUAUGCCUCCAGAUUUCAG